UUUGUCAAUUUUUCCCCCCUAGCAUUGAUGUUUGAAUUUCCAUGACCAUGCUGGACAUUGAUUUCUCAUUACUAAAACACCAACAUCCUUAAAUUCACCCACCUUAGUGCGCCUCUCUAUUUUGCCAUUGAUAGUGACAAAAUUUAAGGGCCUAAGUACAACUGUACAAACUCGGAUAUUCUCUUUCAUAGAGCUCGCACCUCUCAUGUUUUCGUCAAUCUAUGCUUUUAAGCUUCUUAGCUUCAAAAUAUCCUCUUCCUUUCUUCAACUAUUCAAAAUCUUCUGUCUCUCUCUCUGUCUCUCUCACUGGUUUCUGAAUUCUCUGAAGCUAGAUUGAAAUGGAUGCAGUACUUUGGACCCUAAACUUGCCCACUUCCUUAAUUAUGUUUCUCUCCAUGUAUCUCCUUGCUUAUUUUGUGAUUUUCAGAAACUGGACUUCAAAACUCAGGGCAGAAGUUUCAAGUUGUUUCAUUUCCCUAGUUCAUGGCACUCCUGCUGUUAUCUUUGCUGUCCAGGCGCUACUCCACUCUCAAAAUUCACACUCCUAUGCUUCUCCAAACUCCGACCUCCAUAACAGAGUUCUUGAGUUCAGCAUGGCUUAUUUCUUGAUGGACCUCUUUCACUACAUUGUCUUCUUCCCUACUGAUAUUCUCUUUAUUCUUCACCACCUAGCAACACUCUAUGUAAUUGUGACUUGUCGAUACAUGGUUCAUUAUGGAGCCUAUGGGAUUCUUGUGCUUCUUACACUUGCUGAAAUUACAAGUCUUUGCCAGAAUAUGUGGACUAUUGCAGGUUUCAGGAGAGCUGAUGUUUCUGUUGCUGCAAGAUUUGAGGAAGCUAGUUUGGUUCCUGGAUGGGCAUGGAUUUCUUGGAUGGUUGUGAUAGUAACUGGAAUUUUGGUUAGCAUAUUAUGGGUUUCAAAUCAUUGGAUAGAAUGGUUGAGAGAAAGAAGUCAUCUUGCACAGAAGAAAAUAAGGUAGAAUUCUGCUGCACAUCACUUGGAAAUAUUGUAAGGUAGAUAAAUCAUUUCCCAUGUAUUAGUUUAUAUUACCAGAUUGCUCCAAAUUAUUGAUUUUCCAGUUAUUUUUUUGACUUGCCAUUGGGCGAUCUUUUCUUUGUGGCGUUGCUUUGAUCGUAGCCAAGCUUGGCCAUGGCUUGACCUUAUCUUGCUGUCUUCAUCACAGAAAGCCAUGCUUUGGCUUGGCCUGGCACAAAGAGAUGCCACUGGCAGGAUCACUCGAGGUAAAGUGAAUUGUAUCAAUUUGGCAAUUCCAUAAGGACAGGUGUGGUUCUAAAUUGAUUGUUGAGCCUGAAUUGUUUCUUACAUCCAGCUUUUGGACAGGACAAUUUUAGAUGAUAAUUCCUUGAAUUGUUCGACCAACAGUUCACAUGUAUAUUUUCAUUUGGAGCAUCAUGGUAAGGUGGUCUUAAGGGCCAUAUUAACUAUAUAAUUCAAAUAAGGUAACCAAUUGACUGUCAGGUUUAAUGGGUAAUUGCCACUUUAUUCAUGAAAAUUAGGAAAAUUUUGAGUGACAUACACAUGUUUUGUAUAUUGAUUUAUGAUAUAAAAAAUCUAAAUAUCUUCA